GGGUCGGGCGCCCAGGCGGAGGCCAAGGAGACAGCCGAUCCUGAGGUGCAGGCACUGCAGGCCAAGUACCAGAAGCUGAAGGACGUGAUUUCCGGCAAGACCUCGAUCAUGCUGUACCUGGAGUUUCUGUACAACCACAACCAUGCCGACCUGCAGAUCCUGAAGAACAUCAAGUCCGUUGUGGACUCCAGGCAGUCGGUGUGCCAUUCUGCCACGGUGCUGGCCAACGCGCUGAUGCACUGUGGCACGACUGUCGACACCUUUUUGAGAGACAACCUGGACUGGCUGUCUCGCGCAACAAAUUGGGCGAAGUUCAGCGCCACUGCGGGCCUGGGAGUCAUCCACAAGGGUCACCUGGCCAAUGGCCGUGCCCUGAUGGCGCCCUACCUUCCUCAGAAUGGAGCAUCAGGAAGCCCCUAUUCAGAGGGCGGAGCACUGUACGCCCUGGGCCUGAUUCAUGCCAAUCAUGGCCAUGACAUCCAAGAAUUCCUGUGCACUUCUCUUCGAAACACCAACAACGAGGUCAUCCAGCAAGGCGCAUCGCUGGGGCUGGGCAUCGCCGCGCUCGGUAGCGAGAAUGCUGAGAUUUUUGAGGACGUGAAGAACGUGCUGUACACGGACAGUGCCGUUGCUGGCGAAGCAGCUGGGAUUGCACUGGGGCUGCUGCAGGUGGGGAGCGCCACAGAGAAAACAACUGAGAUGCUGGCCUACGCUCAUGAUACUCAGCAUGAGAAGAUCAUUCGCGGCAUCGCCCUGGGGCUGGCACUCAUCAUGUAUGGUCGUGAGGAGGGGGCGGAGACGCUGAUCGAACAAAUGACCAGGGAUCAGGACCCCAUUCUGCGUUACGGUGGAAUGUACGUUAUCGGGCUUGCGUACCGGGGAACGGACAACAAUGCUGCGAUCCAGAAACUGCUGCAUUUUGCUGUGAGCGAUGUGAGCGACGAUGUGAGGAGGGCAGCAGUUAUCUGUCUGGGAUUUGUGUUGAUGGGGGUCCCUGAGCAGUGCCCAAGGAUUGUUUCGCUCUUGUCAGAAUCUUACAACCCGCAUGUGAGAUAUGGAGCUGCUAUGGCAGUGGGCAUUGCAUGCGCUGGGACAGGAAAUAGGGAUGCAAUCGAUAUCAUCACACCCCUAUUGUCAGAUGCCGUGGAUUUUGUGCGCCAGGGGGCAUUGAUCGCAAUGGCACUUGUCUUGAUUCAGCAGCCAGAAAGCCAGGUCGGCGGGUUUAGAAAGCAGCUGGAUAAAUUCAUCAACGACAAGACUGAAGAGAUAAUGUGCCGUAUGGGAGCAAUAAUGGCAGCGGGCAUCAUCGAUGCUGGGGGCAGGAACGUCACUGUUGGGUUGAGGUCCCAUUCUGGCCACUUCAGAAGGACGUCAGUGAUCGGCCUGGCGGUGUUCACCCAGUAUUGGUACUGGUACCCAUUGUCGUAUUUCCUGAGCCUUGCCUUCCAGCCAACGGCACUAAUCGCCCUCAAUGCAGACAUGCUGCUGCCCAAGCUCCAGGUCGCCUGUGACUGCCCAAAGUCGCUGUAUGCUUACCCUGAGCCCAUUACGCAAGAGGCGAGCACACAGGCCGCCAAGUUGCCAACUGCAGUCCUGUCCACAACUGUGAAGGUGAGAGAGAGGCAACGGAAGAAGGAGCAGGAGAAGCUGUUGAAGGAAGGCAAGAAGUUAGAACCUGGCACGUCGAAGGGGGACGAGCCAGCGGAAUCCUUGGCGAUGGAGACGGAUGAGGCUCCCGAGGGACAGGGCCAGGAGUCCACAAGCAAGGGCCCUGAGGAGGCCGAGUUCCACAUGUUGGACAACCCAGCACGAGUGGUGCCAUCCCAGGAGAAGCUCGUGCGCUUUCCUGACGACUGCCGCUGGCAGUCGCUCAAGCCGGGCGCCCUUGCAGGGAUCGUUGUGCUCAGGGACCUCAGGCCGGGUGAGCCUGUUGAACUGCAUGGCGGCGGCUCGGAAGGAGUAUCGGAUGGAAAGGGUGGCGCACAGGGCAGCGCCCUGGUGGAGAGUCAAGACAAAGAAGAGGAGGAGCCACUGCCACCGGAGCCUUUUGAGUACGUGCCGCCGUAG